UCAUUACACAGACUUACAGAUAUAUAGAUAUUCUUUUCAAAUUAAUUAAGUGGAGAAACACAUUCCAGAUUUCACUUCAUAUAUAUUUGCUGCUGUUUGUUCACACAAUUUUUGCUGCUGUUUGUUACUCCACAGUUCACACAAUUUUUCUCAUCUCAAUUAACCAACUAGCUAGAUCAUGUGUGUUUCAUUUUGAAACAAAGUCUUAUCCCAAAUUUACUAAUCUUGGAAGAUUCAACCAAUUCUUCCAAAUUGAUUGAUUAGUUACGAUCUCAAUAUUGAAUUACCAGGAGUAAUACUUUAAUUAUCUUUCAAUCGUACAUAAUUCCAUAUUAGUUCUACCACAGUUGUCACUUAGUUUACACAGCUCAAAAUUACACUGGAAUUGAUUGAGUUCCAUUUGUGUUUUAUUUUCGCAGCAAAUUGUGAAGAGAGUUGGGAAUGGAGAGAGUGGCAUUCUUGGCGAAGGCAGCCGUGCAUAAAGCCAUAUUGUAUUCCCCAAUCAGAUACUUCAAACUCAUUGGUCCCAGCAUGCGCCCCACCUUCGAUGACUUCAACAUCGUUUUGGCUGAAAAGAUAUCAAUCCUCCGCGGCAAAGUCGGCCGGGGUGACAUCGUCAUAAUGGUUAGCCUCGAGCAAUCGAAGUUGCUAAUCAAGAGGAUCAAGGCUGUCGGGGGCGACGUCGUUUCUUAUACUCCCCCCACUAAUCGCGGUCGCGGAUAUACUGAUCUCAAGAAGACUCUUGUUGUACCAAAUGGGCAUGUUUGGGUUGAAGGGGAUAAUUUGCCCCUCAGUAGAGAUUCCAGGUCUUUCGGUGCAGUUCCUUACCGGUAUCUACGCUAUAAAGUAUUCGCUGUGAUUCAAACAAGCUGUUAG